GUCACUCAGCCUGGCAGCAGGAAGUGAAUUGCAGUCGCUGCAGUGAUUCUGUUGCAAGACCCCCAGAGCCCUGGCUGCAGGCCGGGGAGGAACAUUCCGGCUACUCUCCGAGAGACUCUCCCAGUGUAGAGACCCCAGCCUGUCCCGUCCCCCCCUUACUGGGACCCAGAGCCCUGCUCCCAGGCAGAGCCCCACGUGGAGAGAAGAUGCCGGUGACCUUUGAGGAGGUGGCUGUGUAUUUCACCGCAGGGCAGGGGGCUCUGCUGGACCCCGGUCAGAGAGCCCUCUACAGGGACGUCAUACAGGAGAAUUAUGAAACUGUGAUCUUGCUGGCAGGACUCCCCAUUCCCAAACCUGCCCUGAUUGCCCAGCUCAAAAGAGGGGAAGAGCCAUGGGUCCCGGAUCUCCAGGACUCCAAGGAAAGUAAGAACCCAAGAGGCACCCGCACAGCAGAUGAUGGGAGAAUGCGUGAAAACGAGGAGGGGAAUCCACAGCAGGAAGGUCCUGAGCAAGUGGAACUGCAGGGGAACUUUUUGAGAAGAGUUGAAGAGAACUUUUCCCAGUGCUUGGAACAGAGAAAAGCCUGGAGUAAUUGGCACAGGUCAGAGAGGAAGCUGGGAAACCACCCAAGAAAGCAAGUGCAUGAAUCCUUUGAAUUUGGGGGAGGAGACAAGGAUUCCAAAGAAACCACAACCCAGCAGACAAAUCCCAAAGAAAAGGAACCCUAUAAAUGCUUGGAAUGUGGAAAAAGCUUCAAUUGGAGCUCAAAUCUUACUGCCCAUCGAAGACUGCACACGGGAGAGAAACCGUAUAAAUGCCUUGAGUGUGGGAAAAGCUUCAGUCAGUGCUCAGGCUUUACUAGCCAUAGGAGAAUCCACACAUGAGACAAACCCUAUAAAUGCCUUGGGAAAUGUUUCAGUGUAUCAUCAGCCCUUAUUGUACAUCAGAGAACUCACACAGGAGAGAAACCCUAUAACUGCUUGGACUGUGGGAAAAGCUUCAGUCUGCACUCAAGACUUAUAAACCAUAGGAGAGUCCACACAGGAGAGAGACCCUAUAAAUGCCUGGAUUGUGGGAAAAGUUUCAGUCAGCGCUUACAUCUUAAUAGCCAUGGGAAAAUCCACAUGGGAGAGGGACCGUAUAAAUGCUUAGACUGUGGUAAACGUUUCAGCGGACCAUCAGGCCUUAUUGCACAUCAGAGGACCCACACAGGAGAGAGACCCUAUAAAUGCUUGUACUGUGGGAAAAGCUUCAGUCAACGCUCAAGCCUUAUUACCCAUGGGAGAAUCCACACUGGAGAGGGACCAUAUAAAUGCCUUGAGUGUGGGAAAAGUUUCAUUAGACCAUCAGCCCUUAUUGUACAUCAGAGAACCCACACAGGAGAGAAACCCUACACAUGCUUGUACUGUGGGAAAAGCUUCAGUCAGUGCUCACAUCUUACUAGCCAUGGGAGAAUCCACACGGGAGAGGGACCACAUAAAUGCCUUGAGUGUGGGAAAAGUUUCAGUGCACCGUCAGCCCUUAUUACACAUCAGAGAACCCACACGGGAGAAAAACCUUAUAAAUGCUUGGACUGUGAUAAAAGCUUCAGUCAGAGCUCAAAUCUUACUGCCCAUCGUAGACUGCAUAUGGGAGAGAAACCCUGUACAUGCUUGGACUGUGGGGAAAAAAUUCAGUGGACAUGAGCCCUUAUUGUAUAUCAGAGAACCCACAUGGGAGAGAAAACGUAUAAAUGCCUCCACUGUGAGGAAAGUUUCAGUCAGUGUUCACACCUUAUUAGACAUCAGACAAUCCACACAGGAGAGAAACCUCAUAAAUGCUUGGAUAAUUGGAAAAGUUUCAGUCCCAGCUCAUACCUUCAUAAAAAUUGGAGAAUUCCCAUGGGACAGAAUCUAUAAAUGCCUCAACUGUGGGAAAAGUUUUAUUCGAAGAUCAAACCUUGCUUCACAUCAGAUAAUGCACACAUGAGAGAGAACCCAUAAAUUUUUGGAUUGUGGGAAAAGCUUCAAUAACUGCAGGAAAAGAUGCCGUCUGAGCUUUCACAUUAUUUCUCAUCACAUAAUUCACAGAAGAAAGAGCUUGAAUGUGGAGGAAGCUUUAUUUGGUGCUCACAUGGCAUCAAGCAUCAGCAAAUCCACACAGAGAAGAUGUUUUUAGCAUAGAAAAUGCUUCAGUUGGAGCUAACACCACAUUGGACAUCAGAGACUCCUCCACACAGGAGAGAAAUUUCCUAAGUGCCCGGAUUAGGGCUCGCCAUAGUAAAAACUCCAUUUCCUUAUUCCCACACACAGAUAUCUAGCUGCCCAGCUCAGGGGGCAGGUUCCAGCAGCUGCUGACCCUUAGCUAACCGUAGGCAGAGGAGGAGAAGUCCCAAUCAGCCCUGUGACAGGUUGUGCGCUGCCCCCCUCCUCCCCUGAUCUGGGGAUGCCACAUGACGUACUGGGGUUCCACUGAACCUGCCCGUUCCACCAGCCAGGGCCCCCUCACCCUGUCCUGCUAAGCCAGGCUCUCCAACCUACUCUGGCAAACACACAGGUAGGGCCACAUCCUGCUGCAGAAAGACACAGACACUGAGAUUAGGCCUGCACAGGAAGACCCAGCUCAGGAAGUACCCAGCACUCGUGUGCACACUAUUGUAGGAGUACAAACCCAAGGAGUGAAUUGUCUUGUGCUGCACAGCGAACUGUGCAAUGUAAGCUCGUUGGUUGCCCCCUCCCUUGAUGUGGAGGAAGAUAUGCACAGAUUCUUGCCCCCGCAAGUUAUGGAUUCCACAAACUGACUUUAAGGUAAACAAAAUGAGUUUAUUAACUGUAAAAAUAGAUUUUAAGUGAUAAUCAGGGAUAGCAAACAGAUCAAAGCAGAUUACUUAGCAAAUAAAACAAACAUGCAAACUAAGCUUAAUACACUACAGAAAUUGGCUACAGAUAGUAAUUUCCUCACCCUAAUGUUGCUUCAAGCAUCUUAUUUGCAGGCCAGACCCCUUUCCAGCCUGGGCCCAAUCCUUUCACUUGAGCCUAGUUUCAGGUGUUCACAGCAGUUAUCUCGGGCAGGGAUCUCCUCCUGAGAAGCAGGGAUGGGCUGACUUUGAUUACUUCACUCCCCAGCCAUAAAUAGGAUUUAAAUAAGGUGGGAAAGCUUUGUUUCCCAGUCUUAUCCCCACUUCCUUUUUGUGGAAAAAUACAAGCAGCCCAAGAUGGGGUUUAGUACCAGGUGACAUGACCACAUGACCCUGCAGUGUUAAAGCAGACUUGAACCAAAGUUAUCCCAGGAAACUUCUCAGGAAGGUGAGAGAUUAGCACUUUCAAAGUUCUAUUGUUCCCCCUAAUGGCCCAUUGAUUAGUCAGCCAGGCUGGUUGCAUUUUGUUUGAUAGGCAUUUCCCAGGAGCAAACACUUCUGUAAUUGAUACAUAGUCAAUAUUCCUAACUUCACAUGCAGAAACGAUACAUACAUACAAAUUGGAUAAUCCUAGCCAGUACAUCAUAACAUUUCUAAUGAUACCUUACAUAAUCCAUCUUGCAUAAAACAAAUUUUAGUUAUGCCAUAUUCAUAUCAUAACUAUCGUUAUAAAGAUUAUUGGGCCUACUGCCACAAGCCCUUACUCCAUGCUGCAACCCUGGCUGCUGAACUGAUGUGCCUUCCUGCCGCCUGCUAACCUGCUGGAAGAAGAAAGAGAGAAACUUCUCUAGAAGUUUCCUCUGCCUGGAUGAAUUCCCACCCUCUCCCUUCCAUUCUCAUAUGUGAUGCCCCUUCCAUGGAGACUAGGAGAGGGAUACUUGGGCCAGGCCCCACAGUCGCUCUGGACACCUGUCCCCAUCUUCCAGCAGCCAUUGGGCUGGGCUCCCCCACUUAACUGGAGUUGGUCUCUGCAGGGAAGUGUCCCUGGGACUGACAAGUCUUCCCUUCCCUAAAUCACCUGAGGUGGUUGUGACUUUCUGUACCUCGGGGGGACACCCAGCGCCCCCAUGUUCAUCAUUAUAAUAUGAUUGUGUAGUAUCCAAUGCAAAGUUUGUCAUGUAGGGUGUCUUUGGAAGGCUCAUGAUGCACUGAGCAUUGUCGUUAUAGUAAUGUUAUAGGUUGUAAUUUCAUGUAUAUAGUUAUG